AUGACCUCCGAGGAGGAUGAUCGUUAUCAUCUUCUCGCGCUGGAAGGCAGCCCACAACCAGACUUGGACUUCACUCCGUCCUUGUUCACUCCCUCGCUGAAUGAUCCCAGGACCACAAUACCUCAUCCAAGCGAGCCUCGCAGCUCAUGCGAGGAUGAGCCAAAAGGGUACCACUUGAUGAACUGUCCUACCAGAGAGAGUGUGUAUAAACGUCGUUUCUCAUGUACAUUCAUCACUUUCCUCAUUGUAUCCAUCUAUGCAACGGUUCUCUCAGGAAUAUUCUUGGUGAUUGCCUGCGUAAGGCCGUUUUAUCACUUCAUCAACAACAACGCCAUUUCACCGCACGACGCAUCUACAUUCAGCACUUUCCUGUCCAAAACUAUCGAGUUGGCGUAUGUUACUGCCGGUGUCGCUCUUUUGGGGCAGAUUCUCACUCGAAAAGCCAUAACUCGAGCCUCCCCUGGAAUCAGUCUCUCCGACAUCAACAUGCGAUCGUGGAUGGCGCAGCCUGGAUCUCUUAUUCUACACUGGAAGACUGCCCGUCACUCGGCUUGGUCCGUUCUGGGUGUCUUCACUCUGGCCAUGACUUUGGUCGCAACGCUGUAUACCACAGCAGCCGAAGCCCUAGUCUCUCCGAAGCUAUCACUUACCCCAGUGAACUCAAAACUGAUGAACGGCGAUUAUUCCGUCAUGUUUGCCUCGCCACAAUGGCUGCAGGACAACUGUACCGCCCCUCUCAGGAACACAACGAGCUGCUUUGCGUUGGAACUCGCCGGACAAGCCUAUCAUGACCUGGAUCAAUAUCUCCAGGGAUGGACAGCACUGGGAAACCAGACAGGCACCACCCUGACCUCGCGCCCGAAACCAAACACUUCCCUAUACGACAAUACCACCAUCACAGGAUCCUGGAUCGAAGUCCAAAAUAUGACCGAACUUUCGCAAAAAUAUGGGCGUAUGGUGAAUAAUGUCACGGCUGCGUUUCCACACGGCGGUCUCUUUCGAGCUGCUCGGGAUCCACGCAAUAACAUUGCACAGCCAGAGGACUUUUCUGGCGAAGGCAAAUAUACUCUUGACGCAUCGGUUGCCGCCCCGGCUGUCAAUGUGCUGUGUGUUGGCAUGACGAAGGAGGAAUUAAGUCCCCUAGUAUAUUCGGCGUGGAAUACAAGUAAGCCCUUCGAUGCUACGACAUGGUACGACCAAGACGUGGCCACGAUGACUCUAUUCAAUCAUACAGUCGUCGAUGAUCUUUUUGGAUUUGAGGAUAUCAACAUUCGCUUCGGUUCCCAAGACUACGAUACACAGGGUGCGCCGAUUUUCCCCGAAUACCCAGAUGCGUGGAAUACCAUUAUCGACCAGAAGGUCAACAACUCCUACGCAAUCUACAUCCUGGGUGCCAAUGACCCAGACUACAAUCCACCAUAUACUCUCUGCUCGAUGCAGGCGAAGCUUUCAGGGCGAUGUUCUGCUCAAUACGAGGUCGUUUCGAGUGGAGGCCAAAUGACGGUGAACUGUGAGAAUUCAUCCAACAAGCUCCAGUAUGACCGGCUCAACCCCAAUACAGACGAAGGCCAAUAUGAUUACAAUUGGAGGGAGCUGGCAGCCACGUGGGCGGCGGCCGUCAAUCUGGGAUCUGGGAUCAAUGACGACGACGCGAGCAUCGAGCAGCUUCUUCUAACAAUGAUCCCGUCGUUCGAUAACACCACCAACUACACUGCGUUAGAUCCGGCGUUGCCCUCGAUCAGUGAGGCUCUCGCCGUCCUAGCGGCCGGUACGCUCAUCUUGGGUAGUCAGUACUCUCCAUUCGUCCAAUACUGGAAUGACUCCAAGCAUAAUAAUUACACAACGCCGCAUCCUGCGACUUUUCCCGCUACCUUGCAGUCAAUGGCAUAUGCUUCCGGUCGCGUCACCGGUUGGACGCAGAUGUUCUAUGUCAUUCUGGCACUUGCUUUUCUGACUAGCUUCAUUUGCAUGGGCUUCAUGCUACUGGAACUUCGUGGGAAGUUGGUCACUGACUUCACCGAGCUGCCGAAUCUCUUCGCUCUCGCUAUGAGUAGCCCUAGUUCUGAACAGUUGCGCGGCGCUUGCGGGGGUGGGCCGUCGGAUGAGCAAUUCGCCGAGCGGUGGCAUGUGGGCUUGGUUGAGGAUACUGAGCAUUAUUAUAUUCGGUCCAAGGGGGAGGAAAAUAUUGCCUCGCCUUUUCAAGAGCUUGCGUCUCAUGACAUGGUGAGAAGAGGAACGGCUAGGUCGGCUAUCAACGACUUUCGGCGAUUGUCGAGUGGAGCUGUUUCUAAGAUCUCUUGGCUUUGA